CGAUAUGUUUGUAUUGUGGGCAGCUCUUAAAUUAAUACAUGACAAUACACCAGUAGUUUUUUAUACGGAAAUAUACUCAAAGAACUUUAUUUUUGGUUCAUUUUAUUAUGUUAUCGUUUUAGGUGUUAUUAUUCACAUAUAUUUAAAAUGGCGGACAGACUUACCCAGUUGCAAGACACCGUUAACCAGCAAGCGGAGCACUUUUGCAAUGCUAUCGGUGUCAUACAACAAACCUCUUAUCCAAGUAAAUUUGUGAAUUUCGAACGAACAGGUUCCCAAACGCCAAAUCCUUGUCAGCCUCAAGAGGACUAUGCUCAGCUGUUUGCUCAACUAAUUGCAAGGUGUGCAAAGGAUAUUGACACAUUGAUUGAGUCAUUACCAAAUGAAGACAGUUCCAUAGAACUUCAAAAUUCUAGCCUUAAGAGACUUGAGUUCGAAAAUCAACAAACUGCACAUAACCUUGAGGAAGUGGUUAAAAAGGGCGAACUCUUGCUGGAAAAAAUUCAGUCUGCUUUAGAAAACAUCGCCCAAGCCCAGUUGGAUAUGCAAACAACAGUCAAGCCUUUUUUGAAAUAACAGCAAAAUUAAAAAAAAAAUUAUACUGUC